AGAGGUGGGAGACGUCUGCUUAAGCGUCCAUCCAGUCCCUCCUUACCUGCCUUCGGAGAGAUUCUCCUCCCUCGCCCAAUGACUGGAACCCAGAAUGCCAGGGCUAUCUCGCUCCUUCGCCAACCCCUCCGCUUCAGGAGGACUUUCCAGCCAUGGGCCGCUCUCCAGUACCGUACCUUUUCUUUCCUCCUCUUUGGGUCUCCGCCUCCUCCUUGCCUUCCAGCAGGCCCCCUUUCCAUCCCAGCCAAGCAGAAGAGCGGAAAGCAGCCGAGGCAUCUCUCCGUCUCUGUCUCUCUCUCUCCGCCCGCCCCCUUCCUUCCAGCUACGUUGGCAGCUUUUCUUCUGGAUUUCAUUCCCGCGAAUCCCGCGGCGUCCCUUCUUUGCCUCGGCCAUGCUCUCCUUCUCUCUCCUCCUCCUCCUCUUCGCUGGAAGCUGCGGCUGCUUCUCUUCAGGGUCGAGCCACGUAGCCCCUUUCGACUCGCUCUACGCUGACGGGGUGCGGGCUUACUUCGCCCAGGACUGGCCUCGGGCCUCCGAGCUGCUCCAACGCUCUCUCCACAGCUAUUCGCAGCUGCAGGAGGCGCGCCGAAAGUGCCGAAGCGGAUGCCAGAGGGAAGCCUGUUUUGGGAGCCAGUCGCCUUUGCAGCCGUGGGAGACCAGUUUCUUUGACCGGGUGCUGCAGCGAGCAGAAUGCCUGGAGGAAUGUCUGGGACGGAGUCUGGGCGGGCAGCCGUCCCGCUACCGAGCCAGCCGCGUCAUACAACGGGACUUUGAAGAGAGGGAGCCCUACAAUUACUUACAAGUUGCCUACUUCAAGUUAAAAAAACUGGAUGAAGCUGUCUCUUCGGCUCACACAUUCUUUGUAGCCAAUCCACGGCAUCUACAAAUGCGUGAGGAUAUGGAGAAAUACCAGCGUAUGGCAGGGGUAAAAUCUGAAAGCUUUCGGGAUCUGGAGGCUCAACCACAUUGGGUAGCUUAUGAAGCUGGGAUGCAGCAUUAUGGUAUGGAUAACUACCAGCAGGCAGCAGCAAAACUAGAAGAAUCGCUCAGGGAGGGACUGCUGGCGCUGGAGAAUUGCAGAGCUCUUUGUGAAGGGCCUCGCGAAGAUGAGGACAACAAGGAUGAGACACAACUAGGCCUCUAUGAAAGCAUUGCGGCUCAUUAUGUCCAGGUCUUGAAAUGCAGGCAGCAGUGUGUCCUUGAUAUUGCCACCAAGCCAGGCAGGGUGUCUUCCACGGAAGAUUUCAUCCCAUCUCAUUUUGAUUUAUUGCAAUUUGCCUAUGACAGAGUUGGAAAUCGGACUGUUGCUGCUGAAUGUGCAGCUACCUUCCUGCUGUUCUAUCCAUCAGAUGAAAAAAUGCUGGAGAGGUUGAAAGAAUACCAAGCAGACCUGGGAAAAGAAGUAGCUAUUCCAGCCAGAGAGAACAUCCGCCGUUAUGUGCAAAGAUCCUGUAUGGAAAAGAAACUGAUCUAUUAUGCAGUACAGCACCUUGAUGAAACUUUUAAGGACCCAGAUUUAUGGACUCCUGAGGAACUGAUCCCUGAAAGCAUGAAGGAGAAACACAGAGAAGAUCAGGAGAAACGAAGUUUGAAGGCCUCACAUAUUCAACAAUGGGGUCAAAAUGAACAGCUACCUUUUGAGGACCUCACCAUCACCAUGGAUUCUCACCAACUCAAUGGUACCCAGAGGGUGGUCUUUGACAGAGUCCUGACUGAGUCAGAAUGCAAAGACAUCCUCCGUCUGUCCAAGGCAGCUGGAGGAACAGGAGAUGGCUAUCGUGGCAGACGCUCCCCUCAUACUCCACACGAGCGAUUUGAAGGCUUAACAGUGACAAAAGCUUUGCAGCUGGCUGAGGAGAGUAGUAUGAACUGGAAAGAUACUAAACUUCUCCUGCAAGCCAGUGAGAAAUCCCGGAAAAUUGUGGAAUCCUAUUUUACUCCUGGGAAAAAUCUCUAUUUUUCUUUCACACAUCUUGUGUGUCGCACAGCUGCAGAUGGAGAACAGGAAGGCCGUAUGGAUCUCAGCCACCCAGUCCAUGCUGAUAAUUGCCUCUUGGAUCCGGAAGGAAAUACUUGCUGGAAAGAACCCCCUGCCUACAUACACCGAGACUAUAGUGCAAUCCUUUACCUGAAUGAAGACUUCCAAGGGGGAAAUCUCUUCUUCACUGAGAUGGAUGCUGUAACCCUUACAGCUCAAGUGCGCCCUAAAUGCGGGAGACUGGUGGCCUUCAGCUCUGGUGAAGAGAAUCCUCAUGGCGUGUGGGCUGUGACCCGUGGGAGGCGCUGUGCUAUCGCCCUCUGGUAUACCCUUUCUCCAGAGCAUGAGGAACAGGAACGGAGUCAAGCAGAAAAGCUGAUGAGACAGAAAGAGGCAGAACAGGAAGAGUCACAUAAAGAAGACCCAAAGGACAACAGUUUUGUACCUAAAAGUGGGGAUUCACCAGAGCCUCCUGCUCCAAAGGGAAGAGCUAGAUCCACAAGCCGAAAUAUUAAAUUGGACUCUAACUCUGGAGUGAAGUCCAGGAGGCUGAGAGUCAGAGAUGAAUUCUGAUCACAUUCAACGCAACCUGGUCUUUCGCAGCUGCUCUUAAGUGACUGGUACAAGUAGGCAGCCUGAGAAAUUUUCCAACUCCUGAGGUAAAAAGUUGCUUCUUUAUGACACGCAAAGUAUGGAUCAGAGAGUGAUGCUCCUGGACUCCAUCUACUACUUAAACCAGAAUAUCGUAGUCUACCAGUAAAGAUGCCAAGCUUGUAAACGAAUGUAACACUAUGCCUAAAACAGACUGAGACAAGAAUCUUCAGAUCAGCCAUAUUCAGAUCAGGCCACUAGUUCCUCUCAUUCAGAAGCCUUCACCAACAAUAUAGACACCAUUAAUACAGAUCUACCUACAUUACAGGGCUCUUCUGAGGGGGAUAACAUAAAAUGUGCUUGGAUUACUUUUAAAGUGCUGUAUGUCUUCCUUCCAGUUUUCCUCCACCUCCAUAUUUGAAGGAAUCAAAAGUGGGAAAAUAAUAAUAAUCAUGUGUGUGAGCUUUGGGAUCAGAUGCA